CCUAUUAUGACAUCUACACACAUAUUAUCUCUUUUUUGGAAACCUGUGACAGUAGAAACUGAUUAGUAAAUAGUAAUAUGAAAAGAAAAUAAUUAGUGUAGAGUUAUAGAGUAUAGAAGAGAGGAAUGGGUCCAAAUAGUUGAUGAUGGACCAUGUGAAAAAAACAAUGAAAGCCCACACCAUUAAUUGAGGUAAAGGAUGAGAAUAUAGUCUUGUAGUUUUCCAUGUCCUUAAACCUAAUCUUCUAACACAAUUCUCCACCUUCCCUUCUGACAUCUCCCAUCACUUCUCUCUUAAUUUAUUCCAUUCCACCAAAAUUUUAGUUUCACUUUUUUUACUGUAGUGUGUUUUCUGUUUACACAUGUGAGUGAGUGAAAAAUAAAGCUAGAGAAAUUACUGUUUUGAGAUGCUCUUUUUAGAAAGGGCCAUAUAUAAAUGGUAGUGUAGUAGUACUAGUGGAGCUUCUUCAUUCACACUUAUGACUUUUCUUCAUUGAAUGAAGGAGAGGGUCUCUAUAUCAUAAAUAAAACAAGAACAUAGCUUUCAGAGAGAGAUAGAGUGAGAUUCUCCUUCAUUAACAUAUUCUUCUACAUGUUAUAAAAAAAAAGACGAAGAAGUGUCUAAAGGAGUAGAGAUGGGUGGAUGCACAAGCAAGCAAGAGAGAAGAAGUAUGAGAAGUGUGAAGGAGACAUCAAAAGACCAUAGUAGAGGAAGAAGACCCUUGAUAAAAGAGAGAGAUGAGAAGGAGAGAGUGAUGUUUGAUCAACUUAGAGAGGCGGAGAGAGAGUGGAGGAAAGAGAGGAAGAAGCUGAGAGAGGAAGUGAGGAGACUAAGGAAGAAACUAGAGGAAAGAGAGGAAGCAAAGACAACAACAUCAGAGGAAAGAGAGUAUUGGAAGUGGGUAGUUGAGGAGAUGUGUGUAGAGAGAGCAGUGAGAGAUGAAGCCAUUGAGAAAUGGAAACAACUCUAUUUAGCUAUCAAGAAUGAGCUUGAUCAUCUCAUCACCCACACUACUUCUUCCUCCGGAGAAGCAAUAAUGCAAAGGAAACUUGAGGAACAAGAAGAAGAAGAAAAAGAAGCAAAGAGAGUUGAAGAACUGAGAGAUGAAGUUAGAGCUAAAGAAAAGACAAUUGAGACACUUCAAGAGAAAAUAGUUUUGAUGGAUAGACAAAAGUAUGAGAAAGAAAGAGAGAUUGAUAUAUUGAGACAGAGUUUGAGGAUUCUUGGAAGCAAUAAUAAGAAGAAGAAGACAGGAUCAUUUGCAUCAAUAAAUCUGUUGAUACUGAAGACCAAAUGUGUCGAAUGUACAUAAACAAACACUUGUAGUCAUAUAGUCUUCUGCAACAGUCAUAUCACUCGUCAGAGAAUCUUGAUCCACAAUGUCAUAUAAUUAUAUUUAUAUCUCUUUUUGUUA